AUGGUGAAGAAGCACAGCAACUCCAUGGAGUCUGGGCCAGUAGGAUUGCAGGCAACAAAAGAAACUCUGGAAAGGGAAUACCCCGAAAUUUCAAUACUACCAUCUACCGCCUCCUCAUCUUCAGCAGCUCAAGCGCCAUCACCAAGCCAAAGACCACCAAAUCCGGCCGAGCAGGUGCAAGCGGUACAAAGUCUGCUCUUGCAGCAGUACUUGGCCGGAGGGCGCAAGGGCAGUUUGCAGGAGCAGUUGAAGAUGCAGCAACAGUACACUGCGUCUUUGGCCGGUCUGCCGGGUUUAGCGCAGGUCGCGCUAUUCUCGCAAGGAGGCUCACCUUUUCCUUUGUACCCAACGAUGCUGUAUCCAUCCGAAUUGCUUCUGGAGCAAAGCCUACUGCAAGGCCAUGGUAUCCCACCAGGGUUGGAUAAGGAAGCGGAGAUGAUUGCCAAAUCCAGGCGCACGCACUCCGCAAGGGGGCCGCACAUGCGGGUGAUGAAGGACGAGCCCAUCCCCGAGGGCUACCUGAGAUUCAGGUUCAACGAGGACUGCGCGUAUCAGCACUGCGGCUAUAGGGAGCACCAAACCCACUUCCACUGCACACGGAAAGACUGCGGCUACUCGUUCUGCGAUAAGACCAGAUUCGUCCAACACACCGCGAGGCACGAAAGAUUGGACACGCUCAUGGGUGGCGAUUUCCAGCAGUACCGGGCUAAUGUCUACUGCCAAAGGGCAGAAUGCCCUCACGCUUCUACGUUCGGAACAGGCCAGAACAAGGCGUCGCACUUCCAUUGCCUCAAGUGCGACUUCGUCUGCACCGACACCAACAAAGUGGUCGCCCACCGGCGCCAGCACCAAAAGCUGGACUCCAUCCAGGCCGCGGGCUUCGAGAAGUUUCCACCUAGCAAAGGAUGCGGCUAUGAGCCUCAGUGUAUUCACAGCAAGAAACAGACCCACUACCACUGCCUGCAAUGCGGCUUCGCCGUAUUGGGUCUCUCGCAGAUGACCUCGCACAAGUACAAGCAUCAGGAAGCGAACCUUGGACCCUCUACGAGCGCCGGCAUC